UAGUGUUGCAGCUCUGUGCGUUGUGGCUCUGUGCUCAGCCUCGGGGGUACACACAGACUCACACGGACGCACACAGACUCACACGGACGCACACAGACCUCCUCACACGACACGCUCACAUCUCUGAGAAGCGAUCCCAAAAAAACGAAGAUGGGGAAAAUCAACGGAUGCCUGAAGUGCCUCUUUAUCUUCUUCAAUGUGCUGUACGCAGUCCUCGGAUGUGUGCUGAUCUUCCUGAUGGCAAAGGCCACCAGCUUCAGCAACCAGAUGUCGAUGGUUGGAGGCCCAAGCCUGGGUUGGGGUUGGGUGUUCGCCAUCGCUGUCUUCGGGGUCGCCGGCCUCGGAAUCUACGCGGGAUGUUCCGAGAACAGUAUUGCCCUCAAAAUAUUUGCAGGCUUCAUGGGCGUUGGAAUGAUCAUCAUGCUGAUCUGUGGCAUCGUUGUGGUUGUCGCAAGAAACAAGGCCAAGGAACAGCUUGACAGCACCUCUUCUGAGGUGGUUAAGCCCUACUUGAAGGAACCGUCCAUAGGAGGGAUGCUGGAGCAAAUACAGACCAUAGGCCAGUGCUGCGGCGUGGUGAGCUCGGAUGACUGGGAGGACAACAUCCCCUCCAGCUGUGACUGCCGGUCAGCGAGCCGAGGCGCGUAUCAACCCUUCACAGCAUAUGCACCCGGGUGCAAAGCCAAGCCCCAGGGAGUCUCAGGCCCAGACCAAAUCUAUAAACAGACAUGCGGGGAUUUCAUCUUCUCCUGGUUCAACUUCUUCUUGCAGAUCGUGAUGGGCUUCUUCUUCGGACUGGCUGUCACGGCUGUGAUGGGCCUGCUGGUCUCCCUCCUGAUGAUCCAUCAGGUCAGACGCCACGAAACCAGAGAAGCGUCCAUCGCGAUGAAGGGCUACUAAGAGACCCUUCAGCCAGUCCCCUCUGGCCCCCGACCCCUGACCCCUCUCACCUCUGCACUGCACCAGGAGGACUCAGUGGUCCUCUGUUUCUCUUUCAAUGUAUUUUCAGGCUUUUAGGGGGGGGGGGGGGGUGCUGCAGACAGAGAAUCUCCACAUUCCAGAGGUUUUUUUUUACUUCCAGCUUUUCAUAUUAGGCUUUAUAUUAGAGAAUGCGGCUUGAAUAGCGAAUAUAUUUUUGUUAUAUUUUUGUUGGGGGGGUUCGGGGUUGUAUCACUUGUUUCUCAUCGUAGCCUUAUAUAGUCUCAUCUGACUGUGCAGCUUUAUUAACCCCGGGAGGCACCUUUGGAACAAUCUUCAACAAUUUCUCAACCAUCUUAAUUGCCGUUCACAUCCGGAAACAACAAAGAAAAAACAAUCCAAAAACCUUCGAAUCGGUUGCCUUCCGGUAGACGGCGUGAAUUUGCGGGUUAAAGGUCACCAAAGUCAUCCUUGUAGGAAAAUGUGCGUAAACAAACUCCAUUGAUUUGGCGGGUUCACAGAUUUAUUUGCAGUUACAGAUCAUGAAUUCAAUCAAUUGAAGAACCUGAACUCAAAGUAACAUCACAGAAAAACCUCCUGGGGUCAAACUAACCGUGUAAAAGGUCAAGCUCUAUGUGUUAUUAUGAAAGAAGAAACAAUAAACUUAGAUAAAAUCCAUUUUUUCUGUGUAAAGGUCUCUUGUGCACAUGUGUUCUGUGAUUGACACAAAUAAAGCUUGUUAAUGACA